AUGUUUCCCAUAGCUUCCCCAUCAUCUUCUUCUUCCAAGAAAUAUGAUGUGUUUCUGAGUUUCAGAGGAGAGGACACUCGCAGAUCCUUCACCAGCCAUCUCCAUACUGCCUUGUGCCGCAGAGAUAUUGAGACAUACAUUGAUAAUGAGCUCCCAAAAGGCGAUGGCAUCUCUCAAUCACUCAUGGAAGCAAUUCAGGAUUCAUCCAUCUCUGUGGUGGUCUUCUCUGAAAACUACGCCUCCUCCAAAUGGUGUUUAAAUGAGCUCCUUCAGAUCCUUCACUGCAAACAACAGCAGGGACAGAUUGUUGUUCCUAUCUUCUAUGAAAUCGACCCAUCUCAUGUGCGCAAUCAGAAAGGAACUUAUGAGAAAGCAUUCACAGAGCAUUUGGAGAAAAACCAAGAGAAGGUGGACAAGUGGAGACAAGCACUUUUUGAGAUUGCAAGUCUAGCAGGAUGGGACUCCCGCAACUACAGGGAUGAAGUAGAACUCAUUCAAAAUAUUGUCACGGACAUCAACAAAAAACUAAACCAUGGGUCCCCAACAACUAUACUAGAAGAUAUUGUUGGAAUUGAUGAGAAUUUGGAUCAUAUUGAGUCGUUACUAGAAGAAUCCUCAACAAUUGGGAUUUGGGGGAUGGCUGGGAUAGGCAAAACAACAAUGGCUACGGUUUUGUUUGCCAAGCUCCACUCUCAAUUUGAUAGUUGCUGCUUCUUGGAAAAUUUUAGGGAAAAAUAUGAGAAGUCUAGGUUAGAACAUGUACGUGACGAACUUCUCCGAAAACUAUUAAAGGAUACAUCUCUUGGAAGACUCAAUAGUAGAAAAGUUUUGAUUGUACUUGAUGAUGUUAGCACCACCCAGCAGUUAGAUGAGUUGAAAAGGGAAGUUUCUUGUUUGGGACAUGGUAGUAAAGUUAUCAUAACAAGUAGAGAUAAGCAUGUGCUUAAUGGAAGAGUUGAGAGAAUACAUGAGGCCAAGGAAUUGAGCUACAACAAUUCACUUAAGCUUUUCAACCUUCGAGCCUUCCACAAAGAUGGUUAUGAAAGUGAAUAUGAAAAACUAGUUGAAAGAGCUCUUGCUUAUGCCCAAGGCGUUCCAUUAGCCUUAACCAUUUUGGGUUCAUUCCUUUAUUCCAGAACUGUAAAAGAAUGGGAAAGUGCAUUGAAGAAAUUAGAAAGAACACCCAAUCAAGAUAUUCAGGCUGUGUUAAAAUUGAGCUAUGAUGGGCUUGAUCACGAGGACAAACAGAUAUUUUUAGACAUUGCUUGUUUUUUCAAAGGUGAAUUAAGAAGAUAUGUGGAAGCAAUACUAGAGAACUGUGGCUUUGCGGCAAGCAUUGGUUUGAGAACCCUUAUGGAUAAGGCGUUGAUAAGUGUCAGUUGUGAUGUAGUAUGGAUGCAUGAUUUAAUUCAAUCAAUGGCUUUCGAUAUUAUUCAUCAAGAGUGCAUCACAAAUCCUGGAGGACGUAGUCGACUAUGGAAGCCUGAUGAGAUCUACGAUGUUCUGAAAAAUGAUCGAGGAACUGAGGCAAUUCAAACCAUAAGUUUAGAUUUGUCUCAAAUUAAAGAUUUGGAGUUGAGUAAUGAUGUCUUCAGAAAGAUGCCUAAUUUAAGGGCUUGA